ACUAAUGCAAGUGUAAUUUAGCGCGGUGCAGCAGCGUUGGUACUACUCUUAGAAUCGUACUCAUAGACAACAAAAGAUUGCAUAAGAUAGGCAAAUUUAAUCAAUAUAUUGCAUUUAUUUGAGGAUUAUCAUUAAUAAUAAUAAACUAUGCAGUUUAAACUGAGAUAUAGACUUUAUUGGAAAUUAUCAACUGAAGCAAGAAUUAUUACCGUUUGAACCGUUCUACGAUUAAGCUGGAUCAUCCAAGUACCAACCGUCUUGCUAUUGAAUCGAUGUUUACAGUUGAAGAUGAAUAUAAAGAGGAGAUGCGAUCGUAAGAAGGAAAUCUUGAUCUGAUGAUGACGAUGGAAAUAACGACUAGCAUGUUUAUUGGACAUUUAGGGAUCUUUUUGUUCCUUCGUACAAGAACAUUUCUAAAUUUGAAGGAAUAAAGCUACUGCAACGUGGGUGAAGGACAGCGAAGGUUUCCUUGUUCAACGUAAUAGAGGAAAGGUGAAAUGCAAACAUCAGGGGACAUCUUCCUGGUUUCUGAAGCUUAGAAUUUAUUCACUGACAACUGUAAUACAAUUACACUCUAAUGUUAAUCUGAAAGUGAUAUAAAAUACUGAUGUUAUUGUUCACCUAACUCUGAGAGUUUUUUUUUUUUAACAAAUGCAAACUGAUGUUAGAAAGAGGAGUGAACUUUAUUCAGUGACUGUUCUGUUUCAAAGACAUUAAUAUGAGUGUCCUUAUUACUUCUGGCAGAUCUUGCCUGCAAAUAUUUAUUUUGUAUAGUAUGGUCUUCUACCUUGAAGGUUGUAGUCUGGGCAAUGGACCAAUUUUAGGCAAUACUACAUCUGAUUAUGAACUGGAAGUUGGUUCAACCCUUGUUUUGAAUUGCACACUCAACAAUCAUGAAAUGUUGUCUGGUUCGAACUCAUCUAACAUUUUCUUCAUGUUUGGAAACAACACAGUUUCUCAGUCACUUGUGUUUUUGCUUGACUCUCAUACUGCUCAGCUCAGAAUCCCUAAUGCACAAGUCCAGCAUUCGGGGAAAUACAUGUGUAAUGUAAAGCAAGAAAACGGAGAAGUAUUUUUCAUUUGUGUGACUCAAAUACUUGUUGGAUAUAAGCCACAGCCUGUAAAGAAAUUCGGGUGUAUAAGUGAAAGUUUUCUGAACCUUACGUGCUGCUGGACACCAAGCUACAACCCUGUGGUGACCACCUACAAACUGUUUAACAUGUGGUAUGCAAUGCUACCAAAAUAUACUGGAAUUCUUCAACUGUGUCCUGAACCAGUCAAUGAAACUUGCUGUCAAUGGAGAUUGGACACAUUUCCAUCAUACAAAAGAGAACAAACUGAAUUGUACUUCAAUCUAACUUCUGAAAAUAUAUUUGGGAGUCUAGUUGAGAUACUUAAUCAAUCUCAUUUUGAGAUAGUUCUUCCUGAUGCUCCAUUGGACUUGAAAGUUGCUAAUAUAUCACAAACUGAGAUAAAUAUCACCUGGAUCCCUCCAAAGGGUUUUCAGUAUAAAGAAUUUCACCCAGGACUACAUUAUCAACUGUGGUAUAGGAAUAAAAACUCUCAGGAUGAAUGGAAGAUUCGUGAAGUUGGAGUAGAUACAACUGGGUACAUUCUGACAGGAUUGAUUCCUUACAUUCAUUAUGAAAUCCGGGUUCGCUGCCGAUCUAGUAAGGCAGAUCUGGUUUCAGGAGACAUGUGGAGUGUUUUUAAUACAACUUCAUGUCACACUUCUCCAGAUGUACCAUAUUUGAAUCCAGUCAUCAAGAAGGGAGCUUUUCAACAGAAAGUUUAUAAAGAGAGAAAUAUAACUUUAUACUGGAAGCCUGUUCCUAAGGAAUAUUACAAUGGAGAAGAUUUCCACUACAUUAUUGAGUGCCAUGUUAAUAAUAAUAAUAAAGCAGAUUCUAAACAAAGGCUUUUGGUAAAAAGAGUGAGAGUUGGGGAUUUUCUAUCGAGUUAUACCUUUGACCAUCUGGCAGUCAACACAUCUUACAGGUUCAUCUUUCACUCUGUAAACAGAGAAGGAAAAUCUGACAAUUCAUCAGAAAUUCUCGUGAAUAGUGUUGACAAAAUCAUUCCAAAACCUGUCAACAUCACAACUGUUCUCAAUGUUAAUGGUACCUAUGAGAUAGAGUGGGGCUACCCAACAGAAAAAGUCCAUGUUACCAACUUUACCGUCUUCUGGUGUAAUGGUCCUCGACCUCUUAUAUGCAGUCAUCCAGUCAACUGGAAAACUAUACCAGCUGAUGUCAAUAGAACAGAAUUUGAUUUUGAGAAAACUUUAAACUACCAGUUUGCUGUUGCAGCUAACUCUGAGAAAUUGACCUCUGGGAUGGAGUGGGCUUUAUGUAUUGUUUCCACUGAGAAAGGUAUAUAAAUCUUAAUAUUUUAU